UCUGCCGCCGCCGGCGCCGCCUCCUCUCCGCUCGGCUGCAGGGCGACAGAGGACAGACUCUCACCAGACUCUCCUGCAAGGGGACACGGGCAGGAGGGAAUUUGUUCCCCUCUGCUAUCAUCACCAAAAGGUUUCCCAUCUGCCUCUGAUUACCUUUGGCUGCAGUUGGUUAGCUGCCAGCCAUCCGGGCCAGUGUGGCGUCUCUGCUCGCUUUUGAAUCCCCAAACGGCUCGAAGGGAGCCGGGAAGGAAGGGCAGCGGAGAGAGGCCGAAAAGCUGCCAGCGCUGCUGUUUCACCCCCAUCGCAGAAGUCAAGUCUGGUGUUUUCUCCGUCUGUGAGGAGCUUCGCCAUCGCUCAGUGACAGACAGACACGCUGCAGGUGCAGAGAGUCUCUGGUCAUCCUGCAGCUAUGGCCCGACCAAGCGCUGAGCUGUCCCUCUGCUAGGCGACGGGGCAUCCGACAGGGCAGGAGACAUGUUGGGACAGAGGACCGAGGACCACCGCACUGAAGUCUGUUACUAUAGCAAAUACUGUAGUAACCAUGGAAAAGCUAUGGAGGACUGCUCUGGUCUGCACUGUCGUUGUCGUCCUGGUUGCCACCAAGAUCACAGGAGGUCACAAGGAUGAGUUUGCUAAAUCACAAGCUGCUUUUUUGUCCAGCCUAGGCCAGUAUGAGAUCGCCAUCCCAGUACGUGUAGGACCAAAUGGCGAGAUGCUGGACACAGACAGGACAAAAUACCACCAAAGAAGACGACGAAGCACUGAAGACAGGCUGCCUGACUCUCUCUUCUACCAGCUGUCCACGUCGCAGAACAACUUCCUGCUGAACCUGACGCUGCAGGGAGGCCUGCUGUCCCGCCAGUUUAGAGUGGAGUACUGGAAGAGGGGCCAGGUAGCCUGGAGUCACCCGUACUCUCCCCAUUGUCAUUACACGGGUCACCUCCAGGACCAGCCGCACUCUAGCAAAGUGGCCCUGAGCAACUGCAACGGCCUGCAGGGGGUGAUUGUUGCAGGGGGAGAGGAGUACCUCAUUGAACCGCUUGUCUCACCAGAUAACCAAACCCGGACAGAGAGAGGGGAGAGGACAGAAGGGCGCCCCCAUGUGGUUUACAAACGCUCAUCACUGCACUAUCAGUACAAGGGCCGCUCCUGCGGGGUCAUUGACGAGAAGCCAAUGAAAGGCGCUUCGUGGUGGCAGCGGACCCUGAAGACGCCGCCUCACCAUGUCGGCCGCAGCCAGCUGCCCCUGAAGCGCUCGGUCAGUCAGGAGCGCUACGUGGAGACGCUGGUGGUGGCCGACAAGAUGAUGGUGGGAUACCACGGCCGCAGGGACAUUGAGCAGUACAUCCUGGCCGUCAUGAAUAUUGUUGCCAAACUGUUCCAUGAUUCUAGCCUGGGGAAUGCAGUCAACAUCGUGGUGACACGACUCAUCCUGCUCAUGGAAGACCAGCCAACACUGGAGAUCAACCAUCAUGCUGGGAAGUCUUUGGACAGUUUCUGUAAGUGGCAGAAAACCAUCCAGCACCGCAGCAGCAGCUACGGAAACGCCAUCCCGGACAACGGCAUCGCUCACCACGACACCGCCGUGCUCAUCACCAGGUACGACAUCUGCAUCCAGAAAAACAAGCCCUGUGAAACUCUAGGUCUGGCUCCAGUGGGAGGGAUGUGUGAGCCAGAGAGGAGUUGCAGCAUCAACGAGGACAUCGGUCUGGGAACAGCCUUCACCAUCGCCCAUGAGAUCGGUCACACAUUUGGGAUGAACCAUGACGGGAUGGGGAACGCCUGCGGGCCACGCAGCCAGGAGACCGCCAAGCUGAUGGCUGACCACAUCACCAUGAAGACAAACCCGUUCAUCUGGUCGGCCUGCAGCCGGGAUUAUAUCACCAGCUUCCUGGACUCAGGUUUGGGCUCCUGUCUGAACAACAUGCCGCCAAAGCAGGAGUUUGUUUACCCCACCACCGCCCCCGGUCAGGCCUAUGACGCAGACGAGCAGUGCCGCUUCCAGUACGGCAUCCGAUCCCGGCAGUGUAAAUAUGCGGAAGUCUGCAGCGAACUAUGGUGCAUGAGUAAGAGCAACCGCUGCAUCACCAGCAGUAUACCUGCAGCAGAGGGAACCAUCUGUCAGACAAAUACCAUAGAGAAAGGGUGGUGCUUCAAACGGGUGUGUGUUGCGUAUGGGACUCGUCCAGAGGGGGUGGAUGGAGGCUGGGGUCUGUGGUCCGCCUGGGGGGAGUGCAGCAGGACCUGUGGAGGUGGAGUCUCCUCCUCCGUCAGACACUGCGACAGCCCCAGGCCAACCAUCGGAGGAAAAUACUGUCUGGGAGAAAGAAAACGUUUCAGGUCCUGCAAUAUUGAUGAGUGUCCUGCAGGCUCCAGGGACUUCAGAGAGAUCCAGUGCUCCGACUUUGACAGCACUCCUUUCAGGGGAAAAUUUUACACCUGGAAACCGUACAGAGGAGGUGGGGUGAAGCCCUGCUCUCUCAACUGCCUCGCCGAAGGAUACAACUUCUACACGGAGCGAGCUCCCGCCGUGGUGGACGGCACGCCGUGUCGAGAUGACUCUCUGGAUGUUUGUGUAAACGGAGAGUGUAAGCACGUGGGCUGUGAUCGUGUGCUCGGGUCAGACGUGCGUGAAGAUCGCUGUCGGAUCUGCGGUGGCGAUGGGAGCAGCUGCAUCUCCGUGGAGGGAGUCUUCAACGACUCGCUGCCUGAAGGAGAUUAUGAAGAAGUGGUGAGAAUUCCUAAAGGAUCAGUGUUCAUCCACAUUCAAGAGCUCAACAUUUCCCUCAACUACCUUGUCCUGAAGAGCAAAAAUGACCAGUAUUUUAUCAAUGGGAAGCUUAACAUUGACACGCCUCGAAGGUUCAGUGUUGCCGGGACGAUUUUCCACUACAGGCGGCCCACCGACGGUGCAGAAAUGCUAGAAGCUCUGGGCCCGACAAACAUGACCCUCGUUGUCAUGGUGCUGGUGAGGGAGGACAACCAGGGGAUCCACUAUCGUUUCAACCCGCCUGUCAGCAGGGAUCCCAUGAGCGGCUUCGCCUGGCAGUACACGUCCUGGUCCCGCUGCUCAGCUUUGUGUGCAGGAGGUGUACAGAUCCAGCAGGUCGUGUGUAAGAGGCAGUCGGAUCUUUCUGUCGUCUACAAUCACUUCUGUGACAAGAAGAGCAAACCUAAAGAGAAGAGAAGAACCUGCAACACUGAGCCGUGCUCCCCAAAGUUUAUUUCCGCUUCCAGCUGGUGGACGGGAGAGUGGUCGGAGUGCAGCCGCAGCUGCAACGGCGGCCUGCGCACUCGGGAGGUGUUAUGUAAAAGGAGGAUCUCUGCGGUGGAGGAGAAGGUCCUGGACGACUCGGCCUGCAGCUCCACCCGCCCCUCGUUCACAGAGCCCUGCAGCAACCACAGCUGCCCUCCAGAGUGGCUGGCCUUGGACUGGUCCGAGUGCACACCCAGUUGUGGUCCUGGCUACCGACACCGCGUGGUGUUGUGUAAGAGCGGGGAGAGCGGCGACACAUUGCCAGACUCAAAGUGUCCCAAAAAUGGCCGCCCGACCUCCAGGGUGCGCUGUAACCUGCAGCGCUGCCCUCCUCCUGUCUGGGUGACAGGCCCGUGGGGAGAGUGCUCUGCCAGAUGUGGUCUGGGUCAGGAGAUGCGCUCGGUGCAGUGCCUGGCCCACACUGGCCAGCCAUCCAACGAGUGUCUGGAGCAUCAGCGGCCCGCCGCCAUGCAGCAGUGCAAGAGCAAAUGUGACGCCAGUCUGCCCGUCAACUCAGAGAACCCAGAAGAGUGUAAAGAUGUGAGCACUGUGGCGUACUGCCCCCUGGUGCUCAGGUUCAAGUUCUGCAACCGGCCAUAUUUCAGACAGAUGUGCUGUAAGACCUGCCAGGGACACUGACGCUGCUGCGGUCGCGGGGUCAAACAGUAAGACUGAACCUUUUCCACUGAGCCUCGCUGCAGCAGCCUUCACCGUUUCUCCGUCGGUUCAAGCUUGGGGUCCACUGUCAAUGCUGACAAACAGGUUCCUGAAAUUAGUCAGAGGGGUGCUUUGUUUUCCUCUCCUCACUGAUAAUCCAGAUUUGAAAUCUCUGGACCAAACAUCGUUCCACUGGAGGAGAGGGUCCAGCGCUGAAACCUGGAGAGGAAGGAGGGAGAGAGGCAGCAGCUGACCCUCUCUUUGCCUCUCUAAACUUUGACUUUGUCUUAAUAUUUUGGUGCUAUACGUUUUAUUUUGGCUACGGGACUGGUAUCAGUAAUCUUAAACUCCACUUCUUAUUACUUGAGUGGCUUAAAUGUUUAGCCUGUUAUACGUUUUUAAAACAUCCACUUUGAAAGGAAAUGAUUUUCACGGUAUCUGUGCCCACAACACUGCAAAAACACAAAAUCUUACCAAUUAAUUUUGGUCUAGUUUCUAGUGCAAAUAUCUUAGUA